AACCGACUGAUAAUAAUAACUAUCCUGCUACUCCUCCGGUCCUCUCCCCUGGAUAUCGCGGUGGCCUGUUGUUUUGGAGUGGAAAGCGGCAGCGCCUCCGAUUCUGUGUGCCGGCCACGGAAGCAUGCCCGGGUUCGCACCGGUUCCAUGGGGCUCUUGCUACGAAUCUACGAUGUCAGGCCUGAUCGAUAUUUGGACGCUGGAGCGGGAGCGGAUGGUCCGGACCGCCGGGGCCGCGCAGGCGUCGUUCUUCAGGUCGGUGGUCUCGCUCGGCGGAGGCGAACGGCAGGGACGACGCGACACGGCUCGAACGGAGUGUGGUGGGGGGAGUACCAGUAGCGCCGCUAAGCGCUGCGACGGAGUCGGUGCCGUGCUCGUGGACGCUGCGGAGAAGCAGGCGGCUGCGUCUGCUGGUAGUAGCCCGCCGGGGUUCGUCCGAGAAGACGCUUUCUUGUCCAUCCUAGUCGAUUGCUUCGGCCAGUAGAUCUUCGUUCUGAACAUAGGUAGUAUUAUGUAUGUUAGCUGUAUGUCCGACUGCUUUUGUGUCAUUGUGUGGUUCUUGUAAUCUUCUGAAACAUCGAUCAAAGAGUACAUCAAAUGAUGUUUGUAAUUUUCUGAAAAACACUGGUAGCAAGGUCUGAUGUCUCAGAACAUUAGAACAAGUUCGUUUACAUGUGCUGGAAAACAACGAAGACCGAUCGAUAUAUAUAGGGUCCAAGUGGAAGCAAGAAGCUGUAAAGUGAAAACUCCUCGAUCACCACCACUCGGCUAAACGGGAUAUUUGAACUCAGAAACUAGUCAAAUAUCUUUACAAGCAGAGUCGCAGAGAUAUAUUACUUGCUGGCUUUCAAACAAGAUCUAGAGGUAUAAGAGAUGGCAUAGAUGCAAGAAGGGAUAUUUGUCACUUACAUGUCAGGGUUUGACUAGCUCAGUUCUGUUUGGAAUGCUGUCAUGUAAAGUUGUACUGAUCACUGUAACAUUUUUUGCAUAAUUCAUUCAUGUGAAAAUUAUUUCUG